CCGGCCAAACAAACCCACCCACCCACACACCCCCACACACACCCACACCCUGUACUGCCUUACGUAUGGGCUAUGUGACUCCAGUGUGUUCAUGAUCAGAAUUACACUGAACAUACAUUGAGGCCUCAGUGUUUUAUCUCAGUGUGGAAUGUUACAUAGACAAGGUGUGUUCUUACAUAACUUUAAGAACAAGUACAGGAGAAGUGAACGCUGUUAGAGAGGUUGUGAUGCGAGCCUCGGCUGUGUUGCAGAAUGAUCGUCAGUGUCCUAUAAACUAAGAGAGUCGAUCAGUGUUCAGUAAUAACAAACAAACAAACACUGACUCUUUAGCACCCAUGUAUGAAAUCCCGGAGUCGGUGGAAGGAGGACCCCUAUCCCACACAGGACACGUCUCCUCAGGUGGGUGAUGGGGACCAGACCAGUCCCCGCUACCAGGGAGGGGGCCGUCCCCAGCAGGGAACUUCCGUACUUCAUCAGGAGCGACGAGUGCGACGUGCCCAGGAAACAGCGCUUCAAGAAACUCCAGUUCUCCAGCAGCCUCGAGGAAUGGGAUUUACCACCACCAAGCCGCCCCUUCUUCAGUAGCCAAAAGUCCCUUUUAGACGUGGAUGAUGAGGAACUCCAUCUGUCUUAUACUCCUCGGUUCUUGGCUAGUGCUGACACACAUUUACCCCCUACUCGACGGUCCUUGGCCAGUUCUGACACACAUUUACCCCCCACUCGACGGUCCUUGGCCAGUUCUGACACACAUUUACCCCCCACUCGACGGACCUUGGCCAGUUCUGACACACAUUUACCCCGCACUCGACGGUCCUUGGCCAGUUCUGACACCGAGGUCCCCCCCAGAGGUCACUUCGUCAGCCGGGAUUCACGGGAGGGGAGCACAAGACCUGCUUUCUCGACCAACGGGAAACUUCCUCUGCUACACCGGGAGGAUAAAGACCACCUGGAUGUGCCCACCAAGCUGCCCUUCUCCUACAGCUACGAGUACUUCAGGAGCUCUGUCAGUAGGAGCGCCUCUGUCCCCUCUCUCCUUCACGACUACGAUGAUGCUGAGGACGUUGGUGUGAUGGCAACAUUAGGCGCCCAGUAUCACUCGUCAGGCAGCAGCAGCAUGGCGAGCAACAACGGUGUUUCCCGCUUGGCUAUGAUGCAGGCUAGACUGCGGGAGCAGCUGAUGGUGGAGAAGGAGUCACGGCUGCUGCAGAUGGCGGCCCGACAGGAGGCUGAGCGGGAGGGCACCAUCCAGCGAGUCACCAAGUCCUCCGCCUCCACGCUCUCCUCCUCCCUCUCCUCUCUCUCCUCUUCCCUCAAUUCCUCCGGCGGUCAGGGGCGCGUUAGGAAACUGUUCGAGGAGCGGAGGACUAAUGGGUACGGUCACAGCCCCGUCGGGAGGGACAAGAGCUACCCGCUGGAGCCCGUGAGGGGCGGCAGCACUGGGAGCACGGGAGGAGGACGUCCGCCGGUAAAGCCCGUGAAGGGUGUGAUCCGUAACCGCGGGGUGAGUGUUGACCGCGGCAAGAACAACUACGACCCUGAAAUGAUGAGACGGUCGAGGAGCCACGCCGCCCUCCAGCAGAACGCUAAUAACAACAACGAACCUCGCUCCCCUGCCAGAGGCCUCCGCCCCCCACAGACACGCCCGCCCGUCCACCACAAGUCCACCCCCUCUCUCCUGGACGCCAACCAGAACUACAACGGGCGGGGCACCACGGGCAGUCUGGGGCCUUCCAGGGACGCCUCACCCGCUCCUUCCCCCUCACACAAUAAUGCUAAUCGCUUUGGCUUCCGUGGUACUCCGUCAAGAGGACCGUCACCCGCCCCUUCUAUGAACGGCUCUCCUGCCAGAGGACCUCAGGCAUCCCCCCGCAGGACCAACACCUUCAACCACAGACAACACGAAGAGGUUGACGGCGGACGCUCCCCUGUACCCCCCAGCCAGCCACCCCGUCAACGACCAGCCCAGCCACCACCAAGAAAACCCCCAGCACGACAGCCGCCCCCCAGACGACAGCCGUCUCCUCCAGCAGACAACGACAACUCCGCCUUCUUCUCCCCGCGACCACUGGCCAACCCCAAGAGUAAGCCAGCUGUCCGCGGUGUUCCUCCCAUCACCAGAGUGAGUGAGGCGAAUUCCCCACCCAUUUCUCAGUCCAAGCCCAAGCCUCCACCAAAGCCCAAGUGGGAAAGUGCAGACACUGAGGAGGAAUUUGAAGAGACAACACCAGCCACUCCAGCACGAUCUUCAAAACCACCCCCUGGGCUCUCCAGCUGCAAGGUUUGUGGUCGCAACUUUGCCACGGAUCGAUUGGAAAAACAUGAAACUAUCUGUGCAAAAUCUAAGGCCAAGUCCAAGAAGCGUAAGAAUAAGGUAUUUGAUCCUGUUAAAAUGAGGACAAAGGGAACUGAAGCUGAAAAGUAUAUUAGCCGUGGAAAGCAUUUGGAAGAAUUGCCUAAGCCCAAGAAAAAAGAUUGGAAGAAGCAGCACGAAGACUUCAUUGCAACAAUACGAGCAGCAAAAACAGGUGCAGAACCCCCACCAACAGAUAAUUCAGAUUAUAUCCAAUGUCCCCAUUGUGGACGCAAGUUUGCAGAGGCAGCGGCAGACAGGCACAUUCCUAAGUGUGCAUCCAUUCAGAGUAACAAGCCUGCCGCUGGUCGAAGGAGGUAAAAAUUUUUAAGAGAAAGGACGACGUAGACAGGUACCGUAGUGAAAAAGUUUCUUGAUUUUUCCUGUCUACUAUUCUGUAAAUAUGAAUAGAGUAAAAUGACAGAAUUCUGUGUCAAUAAAAAAAAUAAAAACCUACAUAUCUUGUUUAUCAAAAUGGAGUAAACAAGAAGAAAAGUUCUACCCAAAGAAUAUUUUAAUAGAAGUGAUUGUCAAGGCUAAAAGAAAAUAUGUUGGUACACUAUACAUGUGUCAUUUUAUUCUUUGGGUUAUGCCUAAGUUUAUGUACUUACAGGCAAUGAGUUUCUAAACUGCAGGUAAAGUGGUGAAACCAUAAACCUGUUUCUUAGAAUUUGUUUAUGGCUCAAAACUAAGUAAACAAAUUUGCUGGUUUUCAAAUUUUGCUUUUGUUUGCUUUGGUUUUUGUAUAACUGCCUCAAUAAUAUACUUUGGUAGUAACAGUAGUGAUGGAGUUUAUUUUUAUGAGAUUUAUAUUACUAAACAAAUUAACGAAGCAUUAUAAUUGUGUUGAGGGAGACAGUUUUUAGAUGUGUAAUACCUGUUUUUAACAAGUUCAUGGAAUGCUUAUAAGAAUCCCAAUAUAAUUUUUUUCAGAUGAAUAUUACAUGACAAAUUAAAUUAAUGAACAAAAUCGUCCAGUAAAUGUAAAAUUUUCUGAGAGCAAGAGAUGUUUAAGUUUAGAUAUAAGAUGUUCUCAUUGUUUUCAUCAAAUGUUGAGGUGAGGGUUUUGAGUUAGAACUUUACACGUGUAUGGUUAGUAAACGCUACUUAAUUGAUCUUUGCUUUCUAAAUAACCAUUUGGAAUUAUUAACAUUAUUUUCCAACUUUGUUCUUUCAUUACUACAAACCAGAAGUUAUGGCCACGCCUUUGGUUUGUGGUAAUGAAGGAGUUAAUAUAAAUACCUAUUGAGAAAUUUAACCAACAUGUGAUAUAUAUAAGAAAAAAAAAGUCUUGUAAUUGGAUAGAGCAAUCAAACUGAUAAUACUACAGUUGGUUGAGCUGACAAAAUAGUUUAUGAAAUAGAUCUGCAGUGUAGUGCAUUAUAGUCAUACAAAUUGUUGCAUUGUAACUAGUAGGAUGAUAUUUUAAUACUACACUAUCUGUGAUAACUCUGUGUGAGAAGCAAAGUAGAAUUAAAGCAAAGGUAAGUAUUGUAUUUUGAGAUAACUAUGGUUGGAAAAUACUUUUACAUUGGGGGUGACCUAAUCACCUCAAAUGGAACUACUGUUGAGUAGUAAAGAGUUAGGCUUACUUAAGUGCAGAGUGGAAACCAUAUUUUUAUCUGAAGUUUUAGGUUCACGAAGAAUCACUAUGGUCUGGAUAACCCACACUACCAAGAAUCCUAAAUUAUGAUUCCCAGUGUAAUAAACAGAUGAGUAUAAAGUCAUGAAAAUCCAGAUAUAGUGCAGCUGUACUUAUAUAAACAUAAUUUGUAAUAUCACAAUUGAAAGAAGGCUUGCUAUGGCUGCUCUUAUGAUUUUAUUUAAUGAAUAGCUUUGUAUGUAAAUGACAUUUUACAAUAAAAUUUAAUAAACAUUUA